AUGGAUGCCGAUACUUCACCCUCCGAGCGUCUGCCGGACGCCACCAGUGUGGACACAUCUGAACCAAGCUCCCCGGAAUCUCGGCUCCAGCCCGAGGACCUCUCCACGAAAAUUCCAAAAGACUCGAAGGAGAACGUGGAAUUGACGGUUCCUCUGAAGCCACCAGAGUUGAAGUUAUCAGUGAGAAAACUCCUCGGCUGUAGUCCGUCUCCACCACCAGUGGUUCAAGAGCGCUCGCCAAGUCCAGUGGCCAGUCCAGAAGUUAAACCAUCCCCCCAGUUAGUAAUUGAAUCUCGAGUAGAGGGACAGUGUCCAAAAGCUUCACAUGAAGAAAAUACGAAAAGUACUACCAACUGUCGUGGUAAUGGUAGUGGGAAUGGUAAACAGCGAAGAUCAAGAACAAACUUCACCCUGGAGCAGCUUGCCGAACUGGAAAGACUCUUUGACGAGACUCACUACCCCGAUGCAUUCAUGAGGGAGGAGUUAAGUCAGCGGUUGGGAUUGAGCGAGGCUAGGGUACAAGUCUGGUUUCAGAAUCGAAGGGCCAAGUGUCGGAAGCAUGAGAGUCAACUUCAUAAAGGAAUCACCGCAGGGAUGGUCUUGGCGCCCCGAAGUCCUCCCACCCCCUUGGAAUCCUGUCGAGUGGCCCCAUAUCUCCCAGCGUUACGACUUCAUCCUCCACUGCAACCAUCAUCCAACGUCAACCCACCGACUUCAGGACCCGGUUCAGCAUUCGAUCCCGCUGUACUGCAUUACGCAGCAGCAGGAGGCCUCUUCUGUUUACCCCCCAAUAGUCAUUCCCACGCACAUCCCCUGAGUCUUGCGGCGUCUUUAGCCGCCGCUGCAGCAAGAUCCAAAAAUAGUUCAAUUGCCGAUCUGAGGCUCAAAGCGAGAAGACACCAGGAAGCACUCGGGCUCGGUAGGCCAUCGUAA